AUGUCUCGCCCCGAGGACACCCUCGCGGCCGAUGUCCACUACAACGAUGCUGAGGCUCGCAAAUAUACCACCAGCUCUCGUAUUCAAAAUAUUCAAGCGGCAAUGACUCGCCGCGCCCUUGAGCUCCUCAACCUCAAAUCGCCCAGCUUAAUCCUUGAUGUUGGCUGUGGGAGCGGCCUGUCAGGCGAGAUCCUUUCUUCCGUACCACCCGAAGAAGGCGGACCCCAUGUCUGGGUGGGAAUGGACAUAAGCGCGUCUAUGCUGGAUGUUGCGCUACAACGCGACGUUGAAGGAGACCUCUUGCUAUCCGAUAUUGGCCAAGGUGUACCCUUUCGCCCAGGUACGUUCGACGCCGCAAUCAGUAUCAGCGCAAUCCAAUGGCUGUGCAAUGCCGACACCAGCGAAACGUCGCCUGCGGGGCGGCUGACACGCUUCUUUAACGGAUUAUAUGCGGCGCUGAAGCGAGGAGGAAUGGCAGUGUGCCAGUUCUACCCAAAGAACGAUGUGCAAAAACAGAUGAUUACCAGCGCGGCUAUCAAGGCUGGCUUUGGCGCGGGUCUGCUUGAGGAUGAUCCAGGAACAAAGAAUGUUAAGGUGUACUUGGUGUUGACGGUUGGCAGCACUGCUGUUCAGGCCAAGGGGGGUGACAUCACUGGUGUUGUGGAGGGCAUGGAUAACGUCGAGGUCCUCGAUAACCGCAAAAAGGCUAAGCCAAAGAGCGGCAAAGGGGAAAUCAAGAAGGGGAGCAAGGCCUGGAUCAUUAAGAAAAAGGAACAAAUGGAGCGAAAGGGGAAAAUUGUCAAGCGCACAUCUAAGUAUACCGGACGGUCUCGCGGGCCUAAAUUCUAG